GCAACCGGCGGCAUACAACUAUCGAUAGCGCAAUAUUGUGAGUUGAGUUGCACGUGUUCCAAAUUAAACUGGUGGUUUUACUUGGUUGGGGCCAUUUAUUUAAUAACAAAACGGCACCAUGCAGCACGACGAUGUGGUUUGGAGCAUCAUCAACAAGUCCUUUUGCUCGCACAAAGUGAAAACCGACACACGCACCUUCUGCCGCCAUGAGUACAAUCUCACGGGUCUGUGCACCCGCAGAACCUGCCCCCUGGCCAAUUCGCAAUAUGCCACCGUUCGCGAGGAGAAGGGCAUAAUCUAUUUGUUCAUCAAAACGGCGGAGAGAUCGCACAUGCCCAGCAAAUUGUGGGAGAGGAUCAAGCUGUCCAGGAACUUCGAGAAGGCCAUCGAGCAGAUCAACGAGAAUCUGGUGUUCUGGCCCAAAUACAUGAUCGCCAAGAAUAAGCAGCGUUUCCUCAAGAUCACCCAAUAUCUGAUGCGAAUGCGCCGACUGAAGUUGCGCCGCCAGAAGCUCAUUGUACCGCUGUCCACGAAGAUCGAGCGGCGGGAGGCGAGGCGCGAGGAGAAGGCCUUGGUGGCCGCCAAGAUCGACAAUCACAUCGAGAAGGCGCUGAUGGAUCGUCUGAAGAAUGGCACCUAUCGCGACAUCUACAACUUCUCGCAGGCCGCUUUCAACAAGGCUCUGGAGGCGGAAACUGUGGAAGAGGAUGAGGAGGAACUCGACGACGAGGAUGAGGACGAGCAGCUGGAGCGCGAAAUGGAGGUGGACGCCGACGAUUCCCGCGAAGCCAUCGAAGUCCAGAGAUCCCUGCUCGACGAGGAGUUCGUGGAGGCCGAUACGGACGAGGAGGAUGAUGAUGAGGAGGAGGACGAUGAUGACGAGGACGACGACUACGACAGCGACUCCGGCAAGCGGGAAGAGGUCGAAGUGGGCAGCGAUUUCGAGGAGUCCGACGAGGAUGACGAUCCGGAUGCUGAUGAUAUUGAGGACACCAAAGUGCCAGCCAAGAAAUCCGCCAGCAAAGCGAAGAAGGACAAGAAAUCGCCGGUCGCCAGUCGACGCAGCCGCGCGAAACCCAAACUGGAGCUGGAGUACGAGUAUGAGGUGGAGAAGGAGGCACAGCGGCAGAUGCGCCAUUAGCCAGGUCCACAAUAUAUUCCCCAUGCACCCCCACUUAGCUGUUAACGCUUAUUGUUUAGCCAACUACAUUUGUAACGCCGGUUAAGAAUAGUAUUUUAUAUAAAAAAAAAAGAAAAGGAAAUUGAAAAAAACCCCAAAAUGUCCCAAAAGCUCUGCUUUGUGGCCAAAAGCGGACCAACUGACAUUGAAAGUGCGUGAGAUGGGCGUCCAGAAACACGCGGGGGCUAAGCGGCCGCCACAAUGCAAUGUAAAACCAGUUUGAAAAAUAUUCUAUAAAAACUAUGCACGGUUUUUCGCACAGCUGUCGUUAUGGCAUACCCUGUAAAACGUGCCGCGGAGUUGCGGGGGAAACGAUCUAAUUUAAAUAGGAGAAACUAGUAAGGCCAUAGGAAAAUACUUCUUUUUUUUUUUGUGACACAUUUUGCUCAAUCUACGUUGGGCUUCUCAAUUCUGAACCUUUGUAAUAAAAUGUACAGUCGCUGUUCUGUAGUUAGAAA